UCUCAUCAAUUUUCCAUUUUCAAAACAGCCGCGCCAUGAGUCCUUCCAAAAAGUAGAAUGGAAGACUAUCUCUUGUUCGUACUCUGGGAGGGGAACGCUGGGUAGAAAGUUGCAAACUCUGUGGUAAAGUAAUAGUGACACCGAUAGGUAUGAUGCCUUCGGAAAAUGAUAAUCCCGCCAACAAAACGGGAGUCCAACUAGGAUUUUCGGUUGAAUUCGACGACGACGAUCAUCGGAUGAUGGCGGGCCACAAUUUGCCGUUGUGGCAAGAUUGGGACGGUGGCCAGAUAGGAGGCAAGCCAUCCUGGCUAAAUCCAAAAGAUAUUCCCAAGCACCAUCUCGUAUGCAAAUGCUGUGAAGAUCCCCUGGUAUUCGUGUGUCAGCUCUAUUGCCCUUGCGAUGACAUUAACCCGAACGCCUUUCAUAGAUCAUUUUAUGUGUUCGCCUGCCCAAACAUUGAAUGUGCCAAAGAAACCACUGGUACAAUACGGGUAAUACGCACUCAAUUACCGGCGAUCAAUCCUUAUUUACCCGAAGAAGAAGACGACGAGUGCUGGGCCAUGCACAUUCCAAAGGCUUGGGAUGUCAAUCUUUGCAAGGUGUGUGGUCAACGAGGAAAUGGGAAAUGUCCAGUUCAAGGGGAAUAUUUUUGCGGCAGGCACCAUCAAAAAGAAUACAAGAAAUAUGCUUUCGAUGUAAGGAAGGAUACAUCCACCGAAGGUUCAGAUUCUUGCUUCAUGCCCUCUGUGCUUACUUCAUCUGAGUUAGUAGUGGAAGAAGAGCCCCCAAUUGGUAACGAUGACAAGUCGGAUGCAAAAGCUCGAAAUACUAUGUUCAAGGCUGGGAAUAUAGAAGAUAACGACAGCGACGAAGAAUUUGAUAGGAAUUUAGAACAAGGUGAUUUGAACGACAUGACUGGAGCAGGGCCCGAGACGGUGACAAAAGAUACUGUUACAAUGAAUUUUUUUGAUAGAAUAAACAAGAUCACUAAUGUCAACACACAGUGCCUUCGUUACUUGAGAUGGCCAGAUGAAGAGCGGAGCCGCGAAACAGCUUCCCCGUUAUGGAUUCGAUCGGACUAUACACCGAAUGAAGAGAAUAUAUCUCAGUGUGAAAAGUGUGGUGCAGAGCGUCGAUUUGAAUUUCAGCUCAUGCCUCAAAUGCUUCAUUACUUGUUGAAAGAUCAUCAAAGGAAAAACAAAGAGAAGUCCCAAAAUUUAAUAAGCAAGAAGGAUACUGAAGCAGUGCGAGCUGCAUCAAACAUACUGGAGCAAGCACCUCCAGAACAAGUCCCCCCAGAUUUAGCAACUACAACGGAAAAGGCUAUGGAAGCUGCGAGAGCAAAGAUCAUGGAAGAGAGCAACAAAGUGCCUAGUUGGGGUUGUGUUGCAGUUUACACCUGCACUGCUAGUUGCGAUGUAAUGGAUGCCACCGAGGACGACGAGCUUGGCGCUUACAUAGAAGAAUUCACAUGGAAGCAACCCUCUCUGGACUAGAUUCAGUCGCCAGAACUAAUGCAUCAUGCCCUGAAACUAAUUUAAUGAAGCAAUUGUCACAAU